AUGGCUAUAUUUGCUAGUGGUUUCAUUACGGUGCUGUUUCUCUCUUCAAACGGAGUGAUUCACGUGAGUGCUGAAUUGUGCAACGAAGUUACGCGAUGUGCCCGAAUGAGUGUAUAUGUUGGUUUUUAUGAGAUUUGUACUCCUAAGAAAGGAGAAUAUGUGUUCGUUUUUGCCGACUCAUUUGGUGCAGUUGAUCUGUUGAAGAACAAGUUCGGGUUUGAUGAGGCUUUCAAUUACGAGGAAGAGCAUGACUUUGAUGCAACUCUGAAAAGAAUUAGCAUUGAUAUUUACUUCGAUAAUGUUGAAGGGUACUGUCCUGAAGGUAUUGACAUUUACUUUGACAAUGUCGGGGGAAAGAUGCUGGACACAGUGAUCCUCAACAUGAGGAACCAUGGCAUGAUUGCUAUAUGCGGACAGAUUUCACAAUACAAUCUUGAUAAACCCGAAGGAGUAAAAAACUUGACCCGCCUCAUCUACAGUAAAGUGCGGAUGGAAGGAUUUGUAGUUUUUGAUUACUAUCCCCAAUAUUCCAAGUUCUUGGUUACUGUUUUGGCUUCUAUCAGAGAAGGAAAGAUAACAUAUGUGGAAGACGUUGCUGAAGGACUUGAGAGUGGUCCUGCAGCUCUUGUGGGACUUUAUAGGGGCCGUAAUGUCGGAAAACAAUUAGUUUUAGUUGCUCGUGAAUGAUUGAACCUUUCUGGUGUACAUCCUUCUCCCUCUGAUGCAUUGUGUUUCAAGUAUGAAUACAAUGUAGCCCUACUCAAAUUACAUUGUUUGGGUGUGAGGGAGUUAGUAUUGAUUGCACUAUUUGCUGGUGGUUUUGUGUACUUUGUAGAAAUAAAAAAUGCUAUUUUUU